AUGGGCAAUACAAAUCGUCCUCUUGGAGAAGAAAAUCGUGCCGGCUAUCCAUUUGGUCAAAAAUGGCAGUGGAUAACCGCUUAUGAACGCAAAAAUGUUACAUUUGCUGAAGAACAACCGCCGCCAAAAUAUGAUGUAUUAGGCGGUGGCAAAGGAGAUGAAUAUCGAAAUAUUGAACCAGGUCCCACACGAGGGCCACUACCUGAACCAUCAAAAGCAGAAAUAAAUAAGAACACUAUUGCCCUUUUUUCUCCGAAAGCACAAAAAAUUAUUUUGUAUGAAAUGGGAAUUACAGAAAGUGAUUUGGAUCGAGAUUAUGAUAAUGAUCCACGUUAUCGCGUAUGGGGUCUACCAUAUUUUAUCAAACCAUAUGAUCAUCGAGUUCAUUUUUUUCUGUUAAUAAUUCAUUUAAUAUGUAGCCAAUUGAUGAAAUUGAUGAAUGUGCUGGAUCAUCGUCUCAAAUGA